AUAAGAAGCUCCAGACGUGAUCAAGGUGCAGACACACCUGGGUACAAACCUGGCUGAUAGUGGGUCUGAUAGCAGCAGUUGUAAAGGAGAUAAGGUGAACUAAUGCCAUCGUGUCCCAUGCAGGAGACGGGCUAAAGUCCUGCUUCGUGGACUGUGGACCCAAAGAUCCGCCGAGCAUCUGAUGGAGGACUGUUCACGCCGCCAGCCGGAACAUUUGUGUAGAUCUGCAGACAUGACUCCUCCAUCUUCCGGUCGACCUUCAUGGACGCUCGGGCUGCUCGUCGGCGCCAUGCUGAUCCUGAUGACAUCACUUCCUGUGUCGGCCGUGGAACCGGAGACGUGUUUCUCCAGACAGCACCAGAACGUCAUUGUCAACGUCAGACAGGCGUUAAACAGACCAACGACCGCCAUGGACGCUCGGGUGGUCCGGUCAGAGAGAGACUGCGUCCUCGCCUGCUGCUCAGAGGAAGUCAAGCCAGGUGCCAAGUGCAACAUGGCCGUGUUCAACUCCAACAAACACGCCGGCGACGAUAACUGCUUCCUGUUCCACUGUCAGACGGAGCAGGACUGUCCGUUAAUGAAGGCUCAGGACGGCAUCAACACCUACGACAUCUACAAAGGUUUGAUUCAUCCAACCACCAUGAGACCUGUAACCAUGACGACCACCACAGGACAAACCACCACAACCACCACACUGGCACCAACCACACAACCCACCACCACUACAACCACCAUACAAAGUACACCACCACCAACCACAGUGACCACAACGCCAACCACAACCACGACCACGCAGGCUCCUGCCACCACAACAGCACCUCCACCUAUCAUCAUCAUUGCCACGAUGCCUCCGGUAACCCCAGCACCUACCACCACCACCACCACCACACCAGCUCUAAGAACAACUGCUUCCACCACCACCAGCAGCACCAGCAGCAUGAAAAAGCCAAACAAACCCACCAAAAAGCAAAACAAAACAACCAAGAAAGCAAAGCCUCACCCUGUCAGCACCACCACCAAAACCACCACCACAACCACCGCCAGGCCAACUCAGACCUCCACCACAUCACUUCCUGUGGUAAUGAGCAAAGAGGCUGCACCAAGAACUACUGACCAACCACAGCCCAACACUGAAACCACCACCACCACUACAACCACCACUAACACACCUACCACUUCCACUACUACUACAACUCCCACCACCACCACCACCACUACAACUACUCCUCCUCCACCAACUACUACCACUACCACCACCACUACAACUCCUCCACCAACUACCACUACCACCACCACUACUACCACUCCAACCACUACUACAACCACCACCACCACCACCACCACCACUACCACUUCUGCCACCUCUACUACUCCUCCUCCUCUUCCCACCACUACAACAACAACAACCACCACCACUGAUUCGUUCACCACGAGGACGACUCUGAUCAUCGUCCCCAAAGAUGCUGUCCAGUCCAACCACGCCCUCCAGAACUCGAGUGUCGGGCGGGGGCAUGCGGUAGCGGCGCGGGGUGCGUUGAAGAGCGGCGUGGUGGCAGUCAUGGUGCUGGGUCUCGUCGUGCUCACGAUGGCGCUGGCUAUCGGCGGUCGCAAGGCAAUGGAGUCUUUCGACAGACGCCAUUACACGAGACUGGAGCUCAAUGACCUGCACUACGAGGAAGCCUCGACGUCGAUGUAAUGGAGAGAAGUUCUGGACUGUAUGAGCGGACUCACAUGUACUUUCUCCGCCCUGACGGUGGAGGUUAACCUUUGUGUUUCAGACUACACCUGCAUGUCUUUUUACUUCCACGUGCUUCAGACUGCUUCUUCAACCUCGAUGUCGGACUCACUCUCACUGUGUUGCUUUUGUAUUUUCUCCACAUUUCUCUGGUUCCACUCGUGGACAAAGAUUCAAACGAUGGAUGCAAUCUCUCACAUUUGAUGCACUCUCUCUUGUAUCUUGUGUUUUUUGAUAAAUAUGAUCUGCUUCUUUUUAAAUCUUAGAUUGUUUUUAAUGUAAGAGUUCACUGGCCGCGCACUAUUUUCCUAUAAUAAGUACAUUUGUAUUGGAUGUGUAUGGGGGUGGGGUUGGGUGGGGGUCAGUGUGCAGACUGAAGCUGCUGUGGCGUUGUUUGACCUGCAGGUGGCAGCAGCAGCCUGAUGAACGUCUCUUGCUUUGGUUUUAUGAAUUCAUGAAUCAUAGUUUGGUCUUGUUUUGUGAAGUGAUGCUUUUGCAUAAGUUUGAAUUUGAUGUUUCGUUCCUGUAAGGAUUAAAAAAAAUGUGAUUUUUGA